AAGGCAGUGGUUCGUCUUGUUGCCACCGUUGCCACAAAUUCGAAGAUUUUUUGGACAUCAGAUCAGAUUCUUUAGUUGGCCACCACCGAGCUUACUGGCGCGAGCUGUACACCGUCAAGUAUUCGGACCAUUUGACCGGGCUGAUCAGUGUGGCCCACGAGAAGAAUAUUUUUAUCACGCGCUUCACCAGGUGUCACGCCGGAGAUUAUUCCACUGUUGCGCGGAGUGGUCACCAACCCGAACUGUGCAGCUCGGACAUGAGGAUCAGCUCGUCCGAUAUCAAGAUGGAAACGGAAAACGAGGACGGAAUCUGCCAGGAGGAUGCGACGGCAUUCUUGUCGCAGAUUGUGUACCAUCCGCGGCUGGCGCUGAAAAAUGCCAUCGCAAACUGGUUGCCGAAGAUUUAUCAAGAAAAGGAAGCCGAUCAGCAAACCGCAACCGGCUGUACCGAUGUGAGUACCGAUGGAAUUGGAAAAGCUUUUCCCUCUCAACUAAUCCACCCUUUUCCCCCCAUGCACAGUGGUCAUGUCCAUCAUUCCAAUCAUUCCAUCGGUCAACACGUGCAUGACGCUGACGAGCACCAGCACGACGACGACGACCACCGCGAACCCGAUGCACUAUGGGCCAUCUCCAUACAAACAGGCGGCCAAAUUAUUUUUUUGCUUUUUAAAUGUUUUUUUGAUACAAAUUUAGGUAAUUGUAUGGUAUUGAAAUGAUAUACGUCGAUUUUUAUGACUUUUCAUGUUUUUCAAUAGUUGAUUGUUUAUAAUAAAUAGUCUUUUCAUACAUUUGCAAGUGAAACAGAAUUGCAUAUAUAUUAUAUUGCAAGUUUAUAUUAUUAAAUUAUGGAUAAGCUCCUCCCCCCCACUUUAAGGACACAACCCCUCCCUCCUCUUUCUUUCACCCCCCCCCCCCCUCUCCUCCUCCCCAACCAACAAAUUUUUGUUAAGCGUAAUAAAUUCAUUUUAAGUCAAAUAUUUA